AAAUUUAUUGGCCUUACAAAAUUUUAUCUCUUUUGGAUUUACUCUAAUUUCAUUGCCUAUAAAUACAUCCAUUUUGCUACUGUUCGUUCACAACUCAAAAUUGCAAUCUUUUUUACACAUUCAAAGAGACUAUGGCUCGUUCCAUUUACUUCAUGGCAUUUCUUGUCUUGGCAAUGACACUCUUUGUUGCCCAUGGGGUGAAAGGUCAGAACAUUUGCAAAACAACAAGCAAAUAUUUCAAAGGAUUAUGUAUUACUGACUCUUCAUGUAGAAAAGUUUGUAUCGAGAAGGAUAAAUUUGAAGAUGGUCAUUGUAGCAAACUUCAAAGGAAGUGCCUAUGCACUAAGCUAUGUGCAUUUGACAAUAUUCCUAAUGAUGCUGGAGCUAUUUUGGUUCAGGAUGUUAAAACUCUCGAAGCAGAAUUGCUUGAAGAAGAGAUUUUUAGGGCGUAACUAAGUCUGAUUAUGGAUUUAGUGUCACACAAAAUUAAAUAAAGUGUUGCCUUUCAUAAAAGGUAACUUAUAAUGUUGUGUUCUUGGCCUAUAGUAGCCAUUUGACACAUUAAAUAAGUUGUGACACAUCGAUCAUUUAUGUAUCUUGUAUUAAGCUUGCAUGUGUGUUUUAAUGAAAAGAGAUCGUUUACAGUCUA